CCUGAACCGCCGCAAGAGCAGUACCAGCUCGAGCCUAGGAGGCUUGACCGAAGCUACGCCUUCAAGGACGUCGACUAUGAGCUAUCGCCUUCCGCAUCAGCUUCUGCAUCGCCGCACGCGCGUGCGGAAUCCGGCGGUCAGAUGAGCUUCCGUAUCAACGGUACGGAGGGUGAGUUCGAGUUCAUCUGCCAGACGUAUGGAUUUUCCGGAAUUGAUGAUUUUGCUAUAUCGCCGGAGGAGUUUGAUGCGAUGAAGGGGAGCCCGAUGUCUGCUCCAUUGAUUUUGAUUGUGAUGCCGUUGGUGGUGGCGCUGAGGCGGUUGAUGUAA